AUGCAAGAGCACAUUCGGCGAGCUCAUCCUGAUCACUAUAUCCCAAAGCUUCCCGCCACCGAGGAGAGCUUCCUGUUGAUGGUCAAUACUCCCCCAACCCAUAGGCCUCAACCUCAGCCAACCUCAGCCCCAAAUCAUAGAGGACAAUCCGAUACCGGUGACCGAGACUUUUACGGCGCCGACAUCAGUUCUCCCCCUAGCCCGCGAAUUGGUGAAGACGCACCACCCGCAGCUGCUAAUGCCGCUGUGGCGUUGGCACAACUCCAUCAAGACCAAGUUGGUACGGAAUGGGACUCCGAAAUGGAUACAUUUUCAGAACCGCAGAUCAAGAGAGAACGUUUGGGUGGCUCAAUUGAAUUGCCUUCCCUGAGAGAUCAGUUCCGGCAAGACGCAUUGACUUCGCAUCAAGCAAACCGGCCCAGGGAGCUGUUACCUUCGAUAUUGGCACAUUCGCCUCCUGGCCGGUAUUCGUCAUUGCCACCGAUACAGCGGAGCGCGAAGCUACACAGACCGCGAAAAUCGUCUGUAGGCCAGAAUGCUCGAAAGGCGAAACACGAGCGGACAAAGUCGAAGGAAUUCUCCCGGAGAUUGAGCAUGGAAGGGCGGAAAGCUAUGUCGGCAGAACCUCCAACUGCAGCUUGGGUUCAGGGAAAACGUUGGGAGGACUUGAUCGAAGCCGCAACAUCAGCAACCGAGGCAGACGAUGAUCGAGACUUAACUCCUGUGCCUCAGUCACCCAACCACCAAUCUACCACGAAUACUGAAGCUGUCAAGCGCUCAUCAUUGCCCCCAGGCUUUCGAAUUCCAGGCCAGAUGCAGCAGCAAUAUCAUGCAUCUCCAUUGCAGAACGCUUUGACGCCUCCGCCGCCGGUCGGCCUUGAGGCGAAUGAACCCUUUCCUUCAGUUGAAUCGUCAGUAGAGAGCGUCAUCUCAGGACAGAAUUUCCACAUCUCAACUUCAGGCUUGUCAGCGUCAGGUUCUGCGAACAACGACACAAGUCCUUCACAGCUUCAAUCUCACCAUUACCAUCACUCUCAAUCCUCCUCACUGGGCAGUCGAAGCGAUAGCCUAGAGAUCCUUAGCAGUCCUGUCAUCACGGUCCAACCUGGAUUGGCUCCUGUCCGUCGUGGCUGUCCUCGAUGUGGUGUGAUGGACGGGAAAUGGAAACGGUUCCAGCUCGAUUUUCGAUGA